AGCAAAGAAGUCAUCUGUCUUGGGGGAUUAAGUGAAGCAAAAUCGACUCAGGGAAACAGCUGGGAGUCUCUCUUUGACAAGGAGUGACUGUCAACAGUCGCAGCAAGGAUUCGUGGUUUUCUGAACUUCCCUUUUCCCCUGAACCGAGCGACCUGUCGAAGAACCGAGACUUCACACGCUGAUACAGAAUCCCUCUCUGAAGCUAUGGGAACUGUGAACGAGCUAUGCGUGUCCAGCCUCCAGAUGUUCUUGUGUCCAGCUAUGAACACACCUCCAGUUCCAGACGAUCUCACCCCGGAGGAGCAGCAGGAGCUGGAGAAUAUCCGCCGGCGAAAGCAGGAGCUGCUAGAGGACAUUCAGCGGCUGAAGGAUGAGAUAGCAGUAGUGACGAGCGAGAUCGAGAACCUUGGUUCCACUGAGGAGAGGAAAAAUAUGCAGAGGAACAAACAGGUGGCCAUGGGCCGAAAGAAGUUUAACAUGGACCCCAAAAAGGGGAUCCAGUUCCUGAUUGAGAAUGACUUGCUGAAGAACACCAAGGAUAACAUCGCUCAGUUCCUCUACAAAGGCGAGGGCCUUAACAAAACAGCCAUCGGCGAUUACCUCGGGGAAAGAGACGACUUCAAUAUCCAAGUCCUCCAUGCGUUUGUGGACCUUCAUGAAUUCACAGAUCUAAACCUGGUCCAGGCCCUGAGGCAGUUCCUGUGGAGUUUCCGUCUGCCAGGAGAAGCCCAAAAGAUCGACCGCAUGAUGGAAGCCUUCGCUCAGCGCUACUGCCAUUGUAACCCUGGUGUUUUCCAAUCCACAGACACAUGCUAUAUCCUCUCGUUUGCCAUCAUCAUGUUAAACACCAGUCUUCACAACCCAAAUGUAAAGGACAAGCCGACUGUGGAGCGGUUCAUCUCCAUGAACAGAGGAAUUAACGACGGAGGAGACCUACCUGAAGACCUGCUCAGGAAUCUAUACGACAGCAUCAAGAAUGAACCUUUUAAAAUUCCCGAAGACGACGGCAACGACCUCACGCACACGUUCUUCAACCCAGAUAGAGAGGGCUGGCUGUUGAAGCUGGGGGGCCGCGUUAAAACUUGGAAAAGAAGAUGGUUCAUUCUCACAGAUAACUGCCUUUACUACUUCGAAUACACCACAGACAAAGAGCCCAGAGGCAUCAUUCCGCUGGAGAAUCUGAGCAUCAGGGAGGUUGAGGAUAAAAAGCCUAAUUGCUUUGAACUUUUCAUCCCCGACAACAAAGACCAGGUCAUAAAAGCGUGCAAAACUGAGGCGGAUGGACGCGUUGUUGAAGGCAACCACACCUUCUAUCGCAUCUCUGCCCCCACAGCAGAAGAAAAAGACGAAUGGAUGAACAGCAUUAAAGCUGCCAUCAGCAGGGAUCCCUUUUAUGAGAUGCUUGCAGCCAGGAAGAAGAAAGUGUCUUCACUAAAGAGGCACUAGACUUGAUCGGAUCCUCCAACGUUGCACUUGAAAGAGAAGAGGGGUCAGGCCGUCUGCUUCCUCUGCCCGGAUCGUUGCAGAGUUCAUGGUUGAGGUUUCCAUCAGACCUCUCCAAGGAAUUCUUCAAGAAUCAGCUCUGAAACUCUACAGGCCAGAAGAAAACAGGAAACAUGGUGGAGAUUUAGAUAAUAGCUGCGGUUCAAAGCUUCCUCAAACCUUCUGUCUGAAUGUCUCUUAUUUUUUUUCUCUCUCCAAGCUUUGGAUGUUCUGGGUCUCAGGCAGGAAGGGAAUCCUACAGGUUAAAAUCCCCUUUAAGAAAAGCUUUAAAAGUCAUUCCUCACAGUAACUGUUUAUAUUGGCAAUAUGUUUCUGUAGUCGCCUCUUGCACACUCAGCAGGUCUGACCCAUGUGUGACACCAAAAUGUUCCUCUAAGGUCUUUUCAGACACGCUUUAAUCCACUGAUUCAUCUUUGUACUUCUGCCUUUGAUUAUAUUAAACUGUUCUUGCGCCUCAAGCUGCUGAAGAAUGUUUUAGAUGGAGGGUUGGAAUAGUUAGUCGUAUUUUAGUGCUUUUUUUAUUUUAGAAAUAAAUUGUAGCUGAAAAACCUUCUGUUACUGAAGGACCUGCCACUCAGGAGAUUAAAUCCCAAAAAAACGAGGACCUCCUCACAACCUUUCUAAACUUGCCGGGAUGGUGUCUGUUUUCAAUUUUAAUCUUUAAAAGUUGAUUUUCAAAAUUUCCUGCAGAUUUUCAUUUGAAUGAAUGUCUUAUUAAAAAAUGAGCAUCUUUAUCACCUUAUAGUCCUGAGGAUGCCUGAAACACAGCAGUUGGCUCCUUUUAGGGCCCCCCUACACCAACAUCAUCUAUCUUUGCCUCCUAUCGGAUCAGUUUGCUUAAAUCUGAAUCCAGAACAUGUUUUUACAGGCGCUCAUUCUGCAGAUGACUUAACAUCAGCAGUUAAGAGCAGAACAACCUUUAGCAUUGUUAGUGCAGCGCUAGGCAAAACAAUGCACCUCAUCCUGAACACACUCACCCCUACUGUAGAAUUUGCUGUUCAUGAUGUGGACUUUGUUUCUGCUUCUAGUUUGUAUGCAAGUAGAAAAACCUGAGAAAAGGGCAAAGUUGUAGAGAAAAAGUCUAAGCUAAGAGAAACCAAUAGGAAAUUACAGUAAAUUAUUUCAGUAUUGUCGGGGUUUAGGUGGAGAUUUAAAAGCAGGCCUUCUACAUGUACAUCAGCAUUUGUACCUAUUUCCAGAUGUCCAGUUUGGAAAAAUCUCUGUUACCGGGUAAGAUGGCGAGUUUACCCUUUCUAUCACAAAAUCAGAUCAGUACCAAUGUAUAAUACUGAAGUAAUUUAAAAGUUAGAGAAUGUUAGUGCUUGGAGCUUUUGAGUAAAUGUGACUGGGAAUUGCUGCUGGUUGGCGAGCCUAAUGUAGUUUUCUUUACCCUGUCAAGCACAUCUUUUUUUUUCCUUCUAUGUAAUUUUUUUAUUAUUAAUUUCUGUGCAGUGUUUGUUUUUGAUUUUUUUAAAAUAACCUCUGAUUAUUGUAAAAUACUGUAAACUUCAGGUUGUUUAUGUUGAAGCCAUAUUGUUAAAAGAGAUCAAACAAAAACAUCUUGCCGUUUAAGCUCUAAACUAUGCCUGUAAACGAGGGGGAUGUACUCCAUCUCAGGAUGUUUUGUAUGAAAACGGGGACAGGGCUGCAGCAGUGACAAAUUGAAUACACAAUCAUAUAUUGUAAAUGUUUUUUUUUUUCUUUCCUUGUCCAAAGUGAAUAAUCUGCUCAGUUUCCUGUUUCUCAUCCUCUCUGCUGCAUAAAUGCUUUGCUCCUAGAGGAUUAGGAAGGAGCGCACAGCAGAGGGAAUUCUCAACAGUAUUGUUUUAUUUAUCAAGGUUGUACAUAUUUAAAUAGACAGUGGACAUCUAGUUUUGUUAGUUUUGCCUUUUUUGUUGUUUUUGUUUAGUACACUGUCAUAGUAUUUCAGAUUUCUAUCGAUGCCAUUUACUCAAUUUGAAAUAAAGCCUCAUUUGUCUCAAGUUUAAA